CAUAAUUUCCUUCCCCAAGAUGGCGGACAGUGUGGCAGAAAAUGUGGCUUCGGAGGCGGCUGCGGCCCUGAACGAGACCUUAAACGGGACGGAGGCCGUCAACGGGACGGCCAAAGUGCCGUCCACGCCCGAAGGGAUGGCUGUGGCGUACAGCAGCCUGGUGGUGAUGGCGCUCAUACCCAUAUUUGUGGGCGCUUUUCGGUCGGUGAAGUACCAUAGGGAACAAAAGGAGUCUGGAGAGAAGGGGGAGACCAUGACCAGCAAGGAUGCUGCCAUGUUUCCCAUCAUUGCCAGCUGUACUCUCUUUGGGCUCUACAUGUUCUUCCAGAUUUUCUCCAAGGAGUACAUCAACCUGCUCCUGGCCUUCUACUUCUUCUUCCUGGGAGUCUUGGCAUUGGCACACAUCUUAAGCCCAGUGGUGAAUGCCCUGAUUCCUGCCUCCUUCCCCAACCAAGACUACCACCUCAAGUUUGCUCAGGGGAAACAAGACAAGGAGGAAGAACUGAUGGACUACCACUUUGACCGUAAGGACCUGGUCUGCCUGGGCAUCUGUACGGCCAUCGGAGUGUGGUACCUCAUGAAGAAGCACUGGGUGGCCAACAACCUGUUUGGGCUUGCGUUUGCCCUGAACGGUGUGGAGCUGCUGCAGCUGAACAGUGUCACCACAGGCUGCAUAUUGUUGGGGGGACUCUUCAUAUAUGACAUAUUCUGGGUGUUUGGUUCAUCCCAGGUCUUUGGCACUAACGUCAUGGUGUCAGUAGCCAAGUCCUUUGAGGCACCAAUCAAGUUGGUGUUCCCACAGGACAUCCUGGAGAGAGGCCUGGAGGCCAACAACUUUGCCAUGCUGGGGCUGGGGGACAUCGUCAUUCCAGGCAUAUUUAUAGCCUUGCUGCUCCGUUUUGAUGUGAGCCUGAAGAAGAACAGCAAGCUGUACUUCUACUCCAGCUUCAUCGCCUACUUUGUCGGCCUGCUGGUCACAAUACUCAUCAUGCAUGUCUUCAAGCACGCACAGCCUGCCCUACUGUACCUGGUCCCUGCCUGUGUGGGGACUCCACUGUUUGUGGCACUUGUGAAGGGGGAACUAGUGCAGAUGUUUGGCUAUGAGGACAGCCCAGAGGAGAAAACUCCAGAAGGAACUGCCAAUGACAAGGAAGGGAAACAGGAAGUAAAAAAAGACAAAUGAGUAAAAAAAAAGGAAAACAUCCCCUCCAGGGAUUGGUAGAUUCCAGAGUUUGCCUGAGAGGAAGGUAACAUUUCAAAGAUCCAUUCCUCAGGCAGAGGCAAUAAGUAUCAUAGAGAAACCUCCCUUGGAUGCAAUGGUAUUGUCCAAAUAAGUAUUACAAACUAUGAGAGAGAGGAUGAUACUAUUAACAUCAAGGGAGAAAUUUCAGCUUUAGUUUUGAUUACAUAUACACAAGACCUAUAACUGUAGAUAUACAUAUUGAUGUAUUACAUUCAUUUGUUUUUGAGAUUCUUUCUUUUUUGGGUACUUAACCUACAUAUUAUCAGCUUUGACAAAUGUCAGUAUGGAGGUACAACAAAAGUUACAUUGUUUAAAUCAUAAUUUACAGUAUGGAAAGCCUUAUUUAUUGCUUGCUAUAAUAUGGCACUGAAAACUUGCUACACACUGAUUUUGAUGAAAAACAGCCUCGACUUUAUAGAUGGACAUUCCAACAACACCUUGUGGGCUGGUUCACUUUGUUCAUUUCCAACAGGUUGACACUUCCAUCCCACUGUGUUGUUCAUUAACUAAACUUAGUACAAAACAUUAGAAUUGCCUGUGCAGUGUUGUAGUUUUCAUAUCUUUAAUAUACAUCGAAAAACAUUGUUUGGUAUGUGACAAAAGAACAAUUUUCAAAGAGCAUAUUAAUCUACAUUUGCAUAUCUGAAGUUCUUCCUCUCAACGAGAGGCUUCCUAAGGGCCAAGAAGAAAAGUGACUGUAAAAGAAGUCUACUCUGACAUCAAUAAUAACACAAAGCGGAGAUGACUACCAAGCUGUUGAACUGGGAAAGGAAACCAAAGUGUGUCAAAAGAUGUGGUGAUGUGAUAAACUGCAAGAAACUAUAAUGAUGCCAGGAAAAAAACAUGAUGAAUACCAGGAAAUUCUGUGAAAGAAAAUUCUAUGACACAAUAAAUAUGUGAAGAAUGUGCUGUA